GGUACACGAGAUCUGUCAUUUUGCCGGAAACUUCGCCCGCUACCCCUGCUCUCAACAACGCGCUUAUUUGUUGGGAGAAGCAAAAUUUGCUUGUAAUUAUUGUGAAAUCUGUGAUAUUUGCAGAAACAAUUGCCUCGUGACAAUGGCUCCAAGGACCGCGAAAGCAAAGAAACCGGUUGAAAAAGUAACAGACAGUGAGGCACCUAAAAGAGGGCGAGGAAAGGGAAAAAAUGUGUCAGAACCUGAGGUCGACGCAGCAGAUUUAGAGCUUAGUGAAAAAAUUGCUCCCGUGACUGAUAAAAAGCCAAAGCGAGGAAAAAAGGCGGCAAAUGAUUCAGGGGAACCACAAGAGGAUGUAGGUCCACCUGCUAAGAAAGGUCGCAAGAAGAAUGUUGAUGAGGUACCAGCUACAAAUGGUGACCAAUCUGGUGAAGAGGAUUCUUCUGUUCAGGCUGAGGAAAAUGAACAGAGUGAUGACAACUUAGAAACCAAUGGUCACACAGAAGAAGCUCCCAGUUCUGGCAAGGGUAGGAAGAAACCGGCAAAGAAGGAACCAGCUCCUAAGAAGGAAACAAAAGGCAGAGGUAGGAAAGCUAAGCCAGAAGUGACUGAAAAUGAUGACACACCAAAGGAUGAAGUUGAAGAGAAACCUAAGCCUGCACCUAAAGGCAGGGGUAGGAAACCAGCAAAAGUGGAGGCAGAGCCUGAAGAUGACAAGUCUGAAGAAGAGGAAAUUAAAGAAAAACCUGCACCUAAGGGUAGGAAAAAGGCUGCAGCUAAAGUACCAGAGAAGGUAGAGGAUGAUGAUGAAGCUGAUGAGGAGGAAGAGAAGCCUGAACCUAAGAAAGGUGGAAGGGGUAGGAAACCUCAGGGAAAGAAAGCACCACCCAAGGAGGAUGCUGAUGAUGAUGCAGAUGAAGAAGAUACAUCCUCUAAAAAGAGGAAAGUGACUAAAAAAGCUGAUAAAAAUGAUGAAGAUGAAGAUGCAAAACCUGCCAAAGGUAAGAGGGGUCCAAAAAAAGCCGUAGAAGCCUCCACAGAGACAGAUGACGAACAAGAGAAUGAGCCAACAACAAAGCGCCGACGCAAGGGUGCUGACGAAAAGGCGCCAGCCGAAGAUACCAAAAAGAAAGCACCUCCUAAAAAUAAAUCCGUAACAGAUUUUACUUCCAUUGACUUCGCGAAUUCUUCCAACAAUAGUCAAGGUAAAGACUGGAACUUUAAAAUAGCAAGUUGGAACGUCGACGGUAUAAGAGCAUGGUCUUCUAAAGGCUGCCUAGACUAUUUGAAAUAUGAGAAACCUGAUAUUUUGUGUGUACAAGAGGUAAAAUGUUCUCAAGAUAAACUACCAAGUGAGAUAGCAAACCCUCCGGGCUAUCACGCGUACUGGCUGGCGGGCGAGAAAGAUGGCUACGCAGGCGUAGGCAUCUACACGACAAAACUUGCGAUAAGCGUCGUGUACGGGUUACAAAACGAGGAGUUGGACACUGAAGGUCGUAUCAUUACAGCUGAAUACGAACAGUUUUAUUUAAUAUGUACCUAUGUGCCGAACUCAGGACGAAAACUAGUCACACUUCCGAAAAGACUGCAAUGGAACGAAGAGUUUCGUAGACAUGUUAAGGAAUUAGAUAAGAAGAAGCCUGUGAUAAUAUGUGGGGAUAUGAAUGUUUCACACAAAGAAAUAGAUUUAGCUAACCCUAAAACAAAUAGGAAGAACGCUGGUUUUACGGACGAGGAACGAGCGGGGAUGACAGACUUACUGGGAGAUGGGUUCGUCGAUACAUUCCGACACUUGUAUCCGGAUAAGGUUGGCGCCUAUACGUUUUGGACGUACAUGUCGAAUAGCCGAGCGAGGAACGUUGGAUGGCGUUUGGAUUACUUCAUAAUGUCAGAAAGAUUGUUGCCGGCUCUCUGCGACAAUGUUAUUAGAGAAAAGGUAUAUGGCAGUGACCAUUGUCCUUUAACACUUUUCCUGCACUUGAGGAGUGCUGACAAACCUAAGGAAUAAACAAAUGACUAUUUAUUAUGUUGUAAAAUAAUAAACGACUGUAAUCAAGCCUAUCUAUCAGGUAUAAAAUUCGGAUUUGCAUGAAUACAUAGUUUGGAUUCAAAACUAUUCAGGAACUAUCAAAUCAAAAAGGAGGCAGUCGUUUAAUGUCUUAUAAUAGUUUUUUUUUCGACUUAUGAUUUAUUUUGAUAUGGUUUAUAAAACAUUUCAGAAUCUGCAUUUGUUUGUGUAAUAUUUUUGUAUUGUUUGUGAAGGUCACUGAAAAAUAAAGACGUUACAAUAAA